CUCUCUUAUUCCUUCUCCUUCAGUUUCAAGUUUCAACUAUAUUGUUAGUUGCACGAAUACAGAAAAAUUAGAUCAAUUUUGAAACCCUAAGACUCAAUUUCUCAAAUUUCAAAUUGCGAUUGCUUAACAAAUCAGCAGCAUGAGGAGGGUGUUCGGAGUGAAGAAGGAUAAGGAACCGCCGCCGUCCGUUCAAGAUGCAUCUGAUCGGAUAAAUAAAAGAGGUGAAAAUGUUGAUGAAAAGAUACAAAAACUUGAUGCUGAGUUAGUGAGAUACAAAGAGCAGAUCAAGAAGACGCGACCAGGUCCAGCACAGGAAGCUGUUAAGGCUAGAGCCAUGAGGGUUCUCAAGCAAAAAAAAAUGUAUGAAGGUCAGCGCGAUAUGCUAUACAAUCAGACAUUCAACCUUGAUCAAGUUUCAUUUGCUGCUGAAGGAAUCAAAGAUGCUCAACAAACAAUGUCAGCUUUGAAGUCAGCCAACAAAGAGCUUAAGGGAAUGAUGAAGACUGUGAAAAUCCAAGACAUAGAUAGCUUACAAGAUGAGAUGAUGGAUCUUAUGGAUGUGAGCAAUGAAAUCCAAGAGUCUCUUGGUAGAAGCUAUAAUGUACCCGAUGAUAUCGAUGAGGACGAUCUGAUGGGUGAGCUCGAUGCGCUGGAAGCAGACAUGGGAUUUGAAACUGAGAGUGAUGGAGUACCUUCUUAUCUUCAACCUGAUAAGGAUUCUGAUCUAGAUUCAGAACUAAACUUGCCGUCAGCACCUAGUGGAUAUGCUCCAAAUCCGGCAGGCAGAGCAAAUAUGCAGGGUGAGGAUGAACUUGGUUUACCAGCUGUCCCUCGGGCUACCCUCCGAGGUUAAGACAGAGUAACAGUGCAAUUCAUGGACCUAGUAAACAAAUGAAUAUUCUGGCAAAAGUUUAAUGUAAACAAUUCUAUAGUCUGUGAUUUCUUCUUGUAUCUCCGACCAGGUAAAAAGUAGUCGAGCGUCGGGUGCAUACGAUGUUGAUAGCCAUGUGAUUCUUUAUCCUCCUUAUGGUGCUUGAACCAGAACCCAAACCCAAAGUUGGAUUUUGUAUAGAUUCUCUUGUUGGUCUCUCCGAUUAGCUGAUUUGCUGGUCUCUUGUUGGGCUUUGUAUGACUUAUUUGCUUGUUCUAAAUUUUAAACCUUGCCAUAGCUCAUGAUUUGGGGUUAUGUACAUAGCUCAGGAUUUGGGGUUAUGUUUUUUGAA